CCUUCACCUCCCUGCAGGCCUGAAGACGGCAUGCCGUCCUGCCGAUGGUCUCAUCUAUCCCCCCCCGACGCCGUCCCGCCGAUGGUCUCGCUCACGCCGGCCCCCGACGCCGGCCUGCUGAUGGUCUGUCGUCCACCCCCACGUCGGCCUGCCGAUGGUCUCGCCCAUCCUUCCCACCUACGUUCACCGCCCUGCAGACGGUCGUGCCGUCCUGCCGAUGGUCUCAUCUGUCCCCCUCACGCCGUCCCUCCGAUGGUCUCGCCCACCCCUCCCCCCGGCCCGCGACGCCGGCAUGCUGAUGGUCUGCGUUCCUCCCCCACGUCGGCCUGCCGAUGGUCUCGCCCUCUCCCCCCGUCGUUGGUCUCUUCCGGCGCGGCGCUGGAGCGCGGGGCGGGCGGGGCCGGGGGCGGUUGAGCGCGCGGUCUGUACGGGGAGGACGCCGUCGGCCCGAGGACCCGCCGCGCUCGCCAUGGCCAGCCGGCCGCGAAGCCCCGCGGGUCGUGGGAGCCGCGACGCCGACGCCAGCUCGCCGCCCGCGCGCUGGAGCCUCGGCCGGAAGCGGAGAGCCGACGGGAGGCGCCGCCAGCCCGAGGAUGCCGAGGGCCCAGCCGAGCGGGCGGGCGACCGCAGGCCCGACAGCUUCACCACUCCUGAAGGCCCCCAGCCCCAUCCUAGAUGUUCAGACUGGGCAAGUGCGGUUGAAGAAGACGAAAUGAGGACCAGAGUUAACAAAGAAAUUGCAAGAUAUAAAAGGAAACUCCUCAUAAAUGACUUUGGAAGAGAGAGAAAAGCGUCAUCUGGAAGUUCUGACUCGAGGGAGUCUGCGUCUGCCGUGCCGGCCGACCUGGAGACUGAUGAGAGCGUCCUGAUGAGACGGCAGAAGCAGAUCAACUAUGGGAAGAACACCAUUGCCUAUGACCGCUACACCAGGGAGGUCCCGAGACAUCUUCGACAACCUGGCGUUCAUCCCAAGACACCCAACAAAUUCAAGAAGUAUAGUCGGCGGUCGUGGGACCAGCAGAUCAAGCUCUGGAAGGUGGCUCUGCAUUUCUGGGAUCCUCCAGCUGAAGAAGGAUGUGACUUGCAAGAAAUCCAUCCUGUGGACCUCGGGGAAAUGGAGACAGAAUCCGCAGAGAGCAGCUCCGAGUCCCAGACGAGCUUACAGGACAACUCCGAUGUGUACUCUGGUACACCCACCAAAGUUAGACACGUGGACUGCCAAGUGGAGGAUGAGUUUGACCUGGAAGCCUGUUUAACUGAGCCUUUGAAAGACUUCUCGGCCAUGAGCUAACUGGUGCCCCCCGGAGGCCCCUGGGAGUGAGGUUGGGGGCCAGCCACGCAUGCCUCGCGCAUCUAUAACUGGAUGGUGUGUUAAUAGUUUAUUAUCUCAUGGUGAAUUGUUAUUCUUGCCUUAUUUGCUUAAGAAACCUUGAUUUUAUGAAUAGUGUAUUCUGCAUGUUUUGCUAAAUCCAAGGGAAAUUGAACUCGAAGCAGCUUUGCAGCAAACUCAGUCUCUCACUCCCUGCCCCUGUCCAGGCUGCCCUGACAGGGACACUUCAGUGGUUUCCCCACAGCACUUCAGACCUGAAGUUGCCACUUGUCAGGUGGCUGGUUGGGUAUAACCUACACUCAUGGGGACAGUCUAGCACUGGCUUUCUUUACUGGUACCUAAGGAGUCUUGGAACCGUGGACCAAGUCUUUAUGGAAACUAAAUUUCUGGCCUUUUGUCAAUAUGUCAGGAUUUUUUUUUUUCUCAUACGGAACACUCAAGAGUCAAAGAUAGUGAAUUGAGCUAAGCUAACAGAUUUUAUGUAAGUUAUACAGUCUUAAUUUGGUACUUGUAAAUAGCGCCAGGUAGGCCUUCUACCUGUAAUACUCCAAGAGUUUCGGCAGCAGCAGGAUUUAGAAAGAACCUUUUUUACAAUCAGUUAAUUUACCAUGUGAAAUUGCUGUAAAUGAUAAUGUGUACAGAUUUUCUGUUCAAAUAUUCAUUUAUAAGCCUCUUGUUAAGACUUGUGUUUCUAUUGUUUUUGUAUGGAAUGACGUUGCAAAAAUAAAAGAACUUCCUUUAACUGAUUUAUUACACUG